GUUGCAUUCUGGGAAAUCCAGUUUGUUAUCGUUCGGGAAAAGAUGGCAGGCGUGCAGCCGCCACCCCUCCGCAGCCUGGAUGACUUCCUGCUCUGCUCGGCCCGGUUCGCGGUGCCGGACGUGCGGGAUCUGGACCGCUGGAACAACCGGAUCAUCAACAACCUGCUGUACUACCAGAGCAACUAUUUCAUGAGCGCCGGGAUCCUGCUGCUGCUGGUGGGGUCAGUCCCAGUCCUCUGACGUGGUCAUAUGUCUCUCUCUCUCUCUCUCUCUCUCUCUCUCUCUCUCUCUGGUUCUGAAUAGGGGAGAGCGGGGUAAGAUGAUCCAUUCUUCAUAUUUGGGAUCACUCCAUCAAGUCAGUCCUAGUUUUGUCUCUAACUCGUGUAUCUGCAGAUAUUUCAGGAUGUUGUUCAUCCCUGUAAACCAACAGAAUGAGUGUAAACAGAACUGUCAUCUUCAGAAUAUAACACGUAAAAAAAAAACUGCUCAAGAUUAGCUCUGGUGCCGUGGUCAGGGUCCUGGAUCUCCAUGAAGCUUCUCAGCAGAUGAAGGUCUCUGGUAGACUUUUGUGGACCACCUCUCAGGGCUGUGAAAGUUUUAAUGUCAGCAGUUAAUCCCGCCUCUCUCCUCCCUCAGGUAUCUUCAGCCCCUUCAGAUGUUGGUCGGGGCGAUCGUGGUCACCUCCUUGUUCCUCGGUUUCGUCUGGGCGGCUGAAAAUCAGGCUCCCAUUCGCCGUUUUCGCAGGAACCAUCCGACAGGUGCCGUGUUGGGGAUCCUUGUGGGCAGUUACCUCUUCAUAUCGGUGCUCGGCGGCGUGGCGGUGUUUCUGUUCGGGAUAGCCUUCCCUAUACUGAGUGAGUGUGUCUGUUUUCAGGCUCCACUCUGAGCAGAAACGUUCUGGAGUCUUCACAUAAACAUCUGAGUUUCUAAAUUAUGUUUCGUUCCUCAUCUCUCUGCGUCUCGUCUCCUCUCAGUGGUUUUGGUCCACGCCUCGGUGAGGCUGCGCAACCUGAAGAACAAACUGGAGAACAAACUGGAGAGCAUCGGCCUGAAGAGGACCCCCAUGGGACUCCUGUUAGAGGCUCUGGGACAGGAGCAGGAGGCUGGGUCGUAAAGAGGAGAAGAGGAGGAGGAGGAGGAGGAGGAGGUGUGUGAGGGUGGGAGGAGUUUAGUGCUAUUUUAUAGAAAUGAAGGAAAAAUGUAGAAGAAAGAAAAGAGGAGAAAAUGAAGAACAAAGAAAGAGUCAGGAACAAACGAUAUAAAAGGAAGAGAGGUUUAAUAAGACAACGUCAAAAAGUAUUUCAUAAACAUUUUUCUCACACACUCCUGAAAAUUUCCAGACAUUUUAAGAAGCUCAGUCGCCAAACGUAGUUGAAGUCUUACCUGUUGUUUCUGUUUUACAACAUGAUGGAGGAUGAUGACACGGGGACCAACAUGACUCCAGUUUUUACUUUUAUAUCGCUGCCAAACGGGCGACUUUUUCAUCCUCACGCUUCUUUCUGCGACCUGAAUUCGCUCUGGUCACAUGACAUAAACAUCCCCGCUCACUGUAGGUGAAUUUUCCAGAAUAUUCCCGUCGGUCUGUCCUGACUCCGUAUGGAAAUUUUCCCAAGGGGCUGGCAGGUUCAGUCCAGGCUGAAUUCAGGUGCACCGUGUAUUUUCUGGUUAUUUUCAGGAGUUUUGUGAGUGUGUGAGUUUAGUACAACUUUCAUAAACAGACGAUCAAACUACUCAUGCUAUUUCUUUGCCAAACUUGCACUUUUUUUGUCUUUACUUUGACACAAUACUUUUCUUUUUUGUUGCUGCCAUAGAAAUAUAUUCCACAUGAAGCCUUGAAAAAAUGAAAGUUUACAGAAACUUUACAGGAGAUUAAAUGUGACAGCAGAGGAUCAACAACUCCCAUGUUUUCCCAUGAACUCUGUCGCAUUUGUAAAUGUCACUUUUCCAUCACUGACCAAUCCAGAUCAGAGGGGGGCGGGACCACGAAGCUACGACACAAAAACAAAAUCUGAGGUAAACAGAGCAAUAAUAACCCGACUCAUAAAAAAAGGAGAUUAUUAUGACCGAGCACUUAAGGUGGCGCUGUGGAGUUAAAGUGGUGGGUUCUGUCAGUGGAAACAGGCCCUAGAGAGUGGAGACUUAAUACAGGGGAGCAGAUUUACUUUGUGUUUAUGUUAAAUUAAGUCCUUCACCAUGAAGUAUGUUCAUCGUUUUUACAUGUGAAGUGAAAUGAGGUGAAAUCUGAAGGAACUUUGAGGUUUAAUAUGAAGAAGAAAAUCGAUCUCUGAGCUCGUUUUAAUCCAGAAUAAAAAGAUCUUCUCAGUCCUCCCCUGCUGGUCAGGGGACGCCGCACAGUCGGUUUAAUUUAACAACAGAUUAAAGGUUCAUCAGAGCCACAGAUUUAUCCUCAUAGUGGACCACACAAAACCACCACCAAGUAAAGCUGCUCCAAGUGGUCGUCAGAGUUUCUCUUCAUGCUUUUUAUCCAAGAUAUUAUAAAGUGAUUAAGUCUCAUAAAAACUGCCUGAUGUUUGGAGGUAAAUACUUCUUUUAAAGAUAAGACGGAGGUGGGAGAAAUCUGUUCAGAACGACCUACCUCUGUGUCUCCUUUUACUAAAUCAUCUUAAAUCUGAAUAUUUUAAAGCUCUACAUGAACCUGAAAACUCCUCUCUGACCAAAAUCAUCACAUCAGUGUGUUUUAAACCAUAUUAAACCUUUUCUCUCAUGUGCCAUGGUGUGCUUGAUUUCUGCCUUGAACACAUUACUGUAAAUAUUCAGCUGAUGUCCUUAAACUCAGAGCGAGCCGCUCCGUUCAGUCACUGAACAUCAGUCAGAAAAACACAAAGAGCUGACGGUCCACUUUAACCUUUUUACAGGAGGAGACUCUGAAUGUUCAUGUUGCCUUACGUUCAGCUCAAAGUUUGCUCUCAUGUAUUUGACUGUUUGAUGGAAAUUAUUUAAAAUUUUCUAAAUAAAGACAGAAUGAUGUACCGAC